GAAGUGUAAAUAUCGACAGAAGCUGUAGGUGUAUCAUAUUUUUGUUGCAGGAAAUCAUUAAACUAGCACUCCACCUGGAGCUAGAUUUCCUUUUUAUGAUGAUUUCUUUGCAAGAUUCAGAUCCAGUUAUACGAGACUACAUGAUUAAACAUUCACUUCCUCAGAUUUACAAGGCUUUACUUGCUGGGUUAUGCAUCUCAUGCCCUGAAGAUCCUUUGCACUUUAUAGAGGAGAAGAUCCUAUCUAUGCUUGAGGAUCAUGAUUUUGAGAUCUGCUGGCACACAUUUAUUGACAAAGACAAACAAAUCUCCUCAUUGGCAGGAGGCAUUGUGUAUGAUAUAUUUGGAAACCCAGAAGACAGCCUGUGUCCGUCACAUUUGUUGGAGAAAGCGUACUCCUGUUAUCGCACCAGCCUGACCAAAAUGUGUUUCACGGGUUGGAAGAGUUAUAUUUCAAAGAAGAAAUUGAAGGCUGCCAGACUCUUAGAGAGAAUGGAAGAUGCUGAGAUGUAUCACAAACAGAGACGGAUAAAACUGGCUUUCAUCAAGUGGACAGCGUGGGUUCAGUUUCGUAAACAGAGGCAGAAUGAUGCUGUGAGGAAACUACAAAAAGUGCAGGAGUCUGUUCACUGCAGAAAUAUCAUCACAGCUUGGCGUCAUGUUGUGCAGGACGCUAAAAGAGCAAAGGAGUACUUUAAGAGGCUAGAGAGAGAUAUACAAGAAAGUCAGAACUCAGAGAUAUCACAUGGCGAUGGCCAGGACAGACUAUCACUGCUUCCUAACAGGCUGUCUCUUAAGAUCUUUCAAAGUCUAGGUGUGCGUGAGCUCCUGAAAUGCUCUCAGGUGUGCCGUUCUUGGAAAGCGAUCGCUCAGAUCAGCUCACUGUGGACUGAGAUUGAUUUCUCCCCUGAGGCCAGCUGGAUCACAGAUCAGACUGUGGAGAGAAUACUGCGGGUGCAUCGUGUUUAUGUGAUCUCUGUAAACUUGUGCGGUUGCACACUGGUGCAGGAGUCGAGUUUUAGACGCAUCAGUCAAUGCAGAAAUCUUCAAGAACUCGAUCUCAGUGAAUGCCCACAUCUUAAUGCAAAAUCGAUGGCACAAACAGGGAGCGAGACCCAAAGGCACUCGAGACAUCAGAUUGUCACGAGUAUCUCGUAUUGCUGCGGUAGCAUCCUCUACCCCAGAUACGGCUAUGACAUUGUAAACACUGGCAUUUUACAACCCCCUAUACAUCUUGAGAACCGAUUCGAAGCAUUAAUGAAUAUGGGUGAGGAAUCCCCAAAUGUGACAAAACAUGGAUCGUGUCAGCCAGCAGCUAACAUCGCUACUAACAGGCGCUCGAGGUCGAGCAGACAGCAGCACUCAGCUCAGAGCGCAGCCGAGCCCAGGACUCUGAUAGUGGGCGACUCUAUUAUCAGAAACAUCAGUAGCAGGACUACAACUACAUGCUGCUUUCCUCAAGCAACCGUCUCUGAUGUGAACAAGGAACUUCGGAACAUUCUGAUGAAGCACAAGACUGCAAAUCGAAUCAUCAUCCAUGUGGGGAAGAACGAUAUUCGGAAAGAGCAGUCAGAACUGCUUAAGAAGGAUUUCAGUGAACUCUUUGAAACACUUCAAAGACUUGAAGUUCAGUCGUUCAUCAGUGGACCACUCCCAGCAAGGGGAACUAACAUGUUUUCACGGCUGCUUGGGCUGAAUACAUGGCUACAAAGAACCUGCAGUACAAAAGGAGUCAACUUCAUCGACAACUUCAAUAUUUUCUGGUGCCAUAGACAACUGUUUAAACUGGACGGCUUCCACCCAAACAAACUUGGUGCGAGAGUGCUAAAGGACAAUAUCUAUUUCUCCCUCCGUCAUCCUUCAGUGGUGUGUGCCAAUCCACUCGGCCUCAAUGGCACACACACACCUGGACAGAAUAUGAGUGACCACAGGACUUCAUGUCAGCCUCAGAGUCAUCUUGUGGUUGACACAUCCCACAAGGACACUGAUAACACCAUGCAGCCAAAACAAAGUUUCCUCAUGGAAACUAUCCCAGCUGAGCCCUGCCCAACGAGCUCUUCACAGACAGACUGUGACGUACUACAACAGCUCCAAGACUCAGCACCCAAGGACAACUAUCUGGAAAACAGCCAGGGAAGCCAGGACAACAUUUCACAGCCACCGGAAACACCAGAGCCAGAACCCAUCUCACCAGACACACUAUCCCUCUCUCCAGAAUCUCCACUUCUAAGCUUCUCACAGAAAAUGGAGGAACUGGUGUAUGCUGGGACCAAACUCUCCCACUCGUUCGCUGCAAGCCCCCAGAUAUCAACUAAAAAACGGCGGGCCCCACAACCACCAAAGACAGCAGGCCCAGCUCUCCCUCCUCCUCCUGUGAGAGCUCUCCGACCGCUGCCACAACGCCAGGGCCCAAACCCUCCUCCAUCGGCUGAUGAAAAUAUGAAGGUGAUUUUAGAGGGAUGUCGCUCUCUCCUCCAUCUUAAUCUGGCCUUCACUCAUAUUACUAAUGCCACUGUAAGAGUCCUGUCAAGAUGCUGUCUGACGCUGCGGUCUCUGAGUCUGGCAUACUGCAGAUGUUUCUCCGAUAAAGGCCUGCAGUAUCUGACCACAGGAAAAGGCUGCCACAGACUCACUUAUCUGGACCUCUCUGGAUGUUCUCAGAUAUCUGUGGAUGGAUUUACGUAUGUCGCUGAGGCUUGCAGUUCACUUCAACAGAUUGUGUUAGACAAUCUACCCACCCUGACUGACAUCUGUGUGCAGGUCUUAAUGUCUAAAUGCCGUGUUUUGACUGUGAUUUCCCUAUUGGACUCACCGUAUAUCUCUGAUGUGGCUUUCAAAACAAUGGCUGAAGUGAGGCUGAGCCUCACCAAGAUCCAAAUAGAAGAUAAUAAUCGAAUGACAGACAGCAGCUUGAAGGCCCUGUGCCGAAGCUCUCUGAAACUCAGUGAGGUCCAGAUGUCUGACUGCACUCGCAUGACUGAUGCCAGCUUGAAGUCUUUAGGAAGUCUGACAAAACUGUGCAAUUUAAAUAUCUCUGGCUGUAUCAAGGUGACCGAUAUGGGAAUCUAUUACAUCACUGAAGGACCAUCUGCUGUUGAAUUGCGAGAGCUUGAUCUUUCCUACUGCCCAAAACUUACUGACCUGUCCCUGAAGAGAAUAACUCAGAAAUGUAGCAAGCUGACCCACCUGAGUGUGUGUUUCUGUGAGAACCUGACAGAUAAUGGAUUUGAGUGUUUGGACAAUUGUGCUUCUCUCGUCUCUCUGGACAUCACAGGCUGCAAAAUAAAUGACAAAGGACUAGCAGGCUUGGGAACUAACCACAGUCUGAGAAAACUGACCGCAACUGAAUGUGUUUUCAUAACAGAUAAUGGAAUAAAGAUGUUUUGUCGACAGUGUCAUCGUCUGGAGCUUCUGGAUGUGUGUCAGUGUGUGUGUCUGUCUGAUCGAGCCAUCAAAGCCCUCUCCUUCUUCUGCAGGACUAUUGCCACAGUCAGAAUAGCUGGAUGCCCUAAAAUGACAGAUACAGCAGUGAAGUACCUGACAAGAGUUGGUCACUUCCUGAAGGAGCUGGAUGUGAGUGGCUGUCCUCUCCUGACUGACCGCACCCCUUCCUUUCUACUGUGUAGCUGUCCACAGCUGCGGUCCAUCAGCAUGCUCUACUGCAAGAACAUCUCCAAACAGGCCGCUCUGAAACUGCAGCACCGUGUGCAGCACUGGAAACACAGUAACGAUGGCGCCCCCUACAGUCUGGACUAACUACUACAGCUCAACCAGAUCUGGACCAGCUGGAGAAACAAAGACAGGAGGAUGAGGAUAUUACAAACUGACAUUACCUACACUGUGGAAAAUAUUUACAUAUUAUGUAAUUAUCUGAUUUAAUAAGAAAUCACUUUUUUAGCCUUUUUUUGCAUACAAGUAUGAAUCUUUAGUUACAAAAUAUUGAAAAGUACUUAAACCACUGAGGGGGCUGACAAAAAGGUUUAGAAUUACUUUAUCAAACCAAAGUUUUGUCAAGUUUUUGGCAUUGGCUAUGAAAGAGGAAAUGUUUAAUUAGAGAUACUGUGGGACCUUUGUUUUAAUUAAAUAUGUAUAUUACAUUUUCAUAUUGAAUCACAAAAUAAGAUAAAACGGGUACAAAAAAACAACAACAAUGUGCGCAGUUCACUAAAUACAUUUAAAGUUGCCUUAAAUUUUUUAAAUCAAGUAAGUAGUAUCUUCUAUUACGUAUUCUAUUACGUUUUAUUGAGAUGUGAUUAUGGUAAUGUAAAGCUUUAGACACCCUAAUACACAAUUUGAUUAUUGUAUAUUUCCUUAUGGUAUAGUACUGUACCCUAAAAUGAAUUUUAACUUGAAAUUUUAAUUUGAAAUAAUAGAUAUAAUAACAAUAACAUAUUUAUUUGAUAUAUGUCCGAUUGGUCAGCUGUUGAAUUCACUACAUCCACUAGGUGGCCUCAGUAAACUUCCCCAAAAAAUUAAAUGAUUAUACAAAGUUAAAUUAUUUUCAUUAAUUUAUAUUUAAGUCAUUCAACAAUGAAAAGGCUGAAUUACAUCUGCAAAAAAUAUUCCAACCUCUAAAGAAAAAACUAUAUGAACCGCUAAGCUCUCACUCAGCAAUUUUCAAUUUAAUUAAAUACAUUGUGCAAGAUUUCAAUCAGGAGUAUAAGUUUUGAUGGUUUAUAUCCUACCCAUCUGACCGUUACCACUUAGUUUUUUUGAAAGGGGAAUUAUUUAACUUAACACCUGUGGUAUGGAGUCUUUUAAGGAUCUGUGUUAGGCCCUCUGCUGUUUUCAUUGUACUUGCUGUCCUUGGAAAUAUUAUUUAAAAAAAAACAUGGGAUUAGGCUAAAAUGGUUCUGUUAUUCAUGCAGUAGCUGCCUGCAUUUUUAAGACUGUAACUGAACUUUUUUUAACCAAUCUUACAAAGAUUUUAUUCAGCAUCUUUAGCCAUUACAUGCUGCUUUUUAUGCGCAACAGUAAGAAGUUAGGCUACUUGAAAAAUAAAAUUCAUAACCAUCAGUGUGUCAACAUUUAAUAUCGAUCAAUAUUCAUAAAUAAUAUUUUAUUCAUAGCCAGGGAAAAUAAAGUGGCUAGAGUUUACAUGUUCUCAUGAGUUUUGAGGACAGUAAAAUUUUAAUUUAAUUUUAAUUCAGUAUUCAUACUGUGAUGAGCUGGUCAUUUGGUCCUUAAAUAACGUGCAGGAGUUGGAGGACUACUGCAGAGACUAGAAUCGGUUUCAGCUAUGGAAACAAAUAACUUUUUUGAACAUAAUAGAAAACUGGAACAAAAUCUUUUUCAGUUGUUUCAGUUCUUUUAGAAAAUAUUUUUUUUCCUUGCUUAUCAGAAUUGUUUCUCUUCAUUCACCUUCAAACCUUGCAUGUCGUAUUGUCAAUUUUGGUUGUCCAGUAGGAUUAAUUUCUACAUAUUGAUCUUCAAAAAUAGCAAAAACUAUAAAACAGAAUCAAAUGUAUGAAUUUAUGAGCAAUGUGUGAAUGCUAAAAGGCCACAUAAUUCGUAAAAAUAAUAGUUAGUAACCAAAUAAUUUAUCAAUUUAAUGGUAAACAAUUGCAAUUCAGCCUUAUCUUGUAUUUAAGCUGCACAUGCUUGCAAAUAAUAAGAAAAUAAAUAAACUGCACAAGCUUUGUGCUUGAUCAUGCAGAACCAUGAUAGUCAGUUCCAAUGGAAACAGCUUUAGUUACAUCCCAGUAAAGUGUGUUUGCAUAUCAGGAGUGAAUGAAUAGUAGACUCCCCACACUAUGCAUAUCACACAUUUUCAUGAUAAUAGCAGUCUACUACAAUUUCUGCAAUUUCAUUAAAGUAUUUUUGCUUGGCUCUUAUCUCUA